UAGAUGGACAACAUACAAAUUAGAAAUAAAGGUGUAGAGAUAAGGUAUAAGGCAACCAGAAAAGAAAACUAGUGUGUGUAUAUUUACAUAUGCUCCAGACCAGACAGUAAGAAGAGAAAGAAGAGAUCACAAGUGAGCACUGAGACCCCAUCCUCGACGACUACAGAAGUAGAGAAAAGAAAUAAUGCAGCCAAAAAUGAAAACUACUCUAUACAUAUCUAUCAUCCUUAUGAUCAUCCUAGAGAUAAGGAUGAUGAAUUGCGAAAGUGGUUUAGGUUCAAAUAAGCAACUUCACUUCGUGCUAGUCCAUGGAGCUGGGCAUGGAGGGUGGUGCUGGUACAAGAUUCGGAGUCUGCUCGAGGCUGCAGGGCACAAGGUCACAUGUCUUGACCUUAAGUGCUCAGGCAUCGAACCCACUGAUUUCAAUACCGUCUUCACCUUCGACGACUAUAAUCAGCCUCUUACCACUUUCAUGUCCUCCCUCUCUCCCAAUCACAAGGUAAUAAUGGUGGGUCAUAGCGCUGGGGGUAGCACUGUCACAGAUGUCGUACACAAAUUUGCUGACAAAGUCCCCAUGGCCAUAUAUGUGGCAGCUGCAAUGGUCAACAAUAAUAGCAGUAUAGUUUCAACCGAUAAAUAUUCAUCAAAUCAACAGCUGAGAGAAAUUGAUGCAUAUGAAUUCAUAUUUGGACUCGGACCAGACCAACCUCCAACUGGGGUCAUGGUUAAGCCUGAACUUCGGCGCCAAGUUCUGUACAAUGAGAGCCCUGUUGAGGAUUUCAUACUAGCAUCAAUGUUGCUGAGGCCAUCACCAGCGAGGGCUUUACAUUCAGCGAACGUAGUAAAAAACGGCUGUUUGGAAAACAUAGUAGUGCCAAGAGUGUUUAUAAAGACAAUGAAGGACAAACUAUUCAAGCCAGAGCGCCAAGAGAGUAUGAUAAAGCAAUGGCCACCAUCUAAAGUGUUUGCAAUUGAUGAAAGUGAUCACUCCCCAUUUUUCUCGACCCCCUCAAGAAUUACAAACAGGAAACUGGUUCCUUAAUAUCAUUAAUUGUUGUUUCCUUUUUGAGCUUGUUUUUAAUCCGACACAUGUCUGAGCUGUCCCCACCAAAAUUGUAUCUUUCGGAUUAGCAUCUUCUAAAAAAGACAACUCUUCAUCAAUCAAGAAUAUCUUCAAUUAUUCUUGCCUUUAUUAGAAGAAUUAUUUCUCUGCCUUUAUGAGCACGAAAAAUGACUCUAUAAAUAGGGCUCUAAAGGCAGUGAGAAAGGUGAACUCUUUGGUACAUUAUUCGUGAGCAUUAUUGUAAUAUUUGUGAGAGUUCCUCUUUGUAUUCAAGAUCAUAAGUAUUCAUGUGAUCUUGUAGAAUUAUGUGUGUUUAGUUUUAGUGGUGAGUUUAUACCAUGUUCAUGAGUGAAUACACAUUGUAAUUUGAACACAACGUUUAUAGUCUUCGGGAGAAGAUUUUUACAAGCCUUGUGUCGGGAGGAUGCAAGCACUCGCUGGCCAUUGAAGGGAGUUCAAGUGGUUGAGCAUUUCAAUCAAAAUCAGAUUAGUGAAGAGAAGUACAACAAAGUUGCGGCAAAUCUCAAGAGGGAGUCUUGUUUUGUUUAAGUCAAUAUUUUUGUACUUGUGAUUCUUUAUUAAUUGGUUUUAUUCUCUGGGCGUGGCCCCAAUGAGUAGGUUAUCCGAAAGGGUUUCUGAACCUUGUAAAAA